AUCGAAACAAGUGCGUCUCUCUUGGGCUGUGAGUCAUGCGAUCCUAUUUGACCACAUAGUCACCAAUCAGCCUAAUCUGCGAGUCUGUCGUGUUCUUUAAACCAAAGAAGAGCGUUGUCCAGGGCACAGAUCUCCAUCCCGGCAGCUGGACAUUGUAUCCUAGCAAGAAACACCAGGCAUGGAGCAAGCCAAGCAGGAGGCGUUUGACAAUGCCCGCUUGCAAGUUAUUCAGGAUGGCUACGAGCAGGCCUUCCAGUGCAUCAACAAGGGCCUGUCUGAUGACGAGGCCGGGCACAAGGACCAGGCCCUGGCCAUGUACCGGCAGGGACGGCAGCAUCUUCUCCGCGCCAUCAGCGUGCCCUCGCAGGGUUUGGAGUGUGUGGGUGCAUCCUGGGACUCGGCCCGGCAGAGGCAGCAGAAGAUGCAGGAGACCCUGGACAACAUCACCACGCGCCUGGCCGUGCUGGAGACCUCCAGGGACACUGCUGAGCCAGGCACUGGAGGAGGGACCGUGCCCAUGCCCAUGCCCUCUCCGGGUCCUCUCUACCCCAGCUUACCCAAAGACAAACCGGUGCGCCCACUCCCGCCACAGCUAAACGGCCACUCGACAGGGUCCUUGUCGCCUAAAGGCAGUGUUAGUGGCACUCACUGUGGGUCGGGUUCGACUCCCUCCUCUCCAGCGCUGGCUUCUCUGCCACGCUCCCCACACGGCAGCAUCCCCCAGGCAGCAGCAGGUGCCGCCGAGCUGCCCCCGGCCUACUCCGCGCGGGCCGCCGACGGCCACACCUCCAUCUCGUACGGCACGGACACGGGCGAGAUGUCGCUGGUGGCGGACGAGUUCUUCAGCGUGUCGCCCCAGACGCCGCCGUCGCCAGGGAGCCUGGGCACGGACGGGGAGGAGCUCUUCUUCCUCCCGCGCGGCGUGCAGAUCUUCUUCGUCACGCCCGAGGGGGCCGUCAGCGCGCCCUCGUACCCGGGUUACCUGCGCAUCGUCAAGUUCACCAGCGAGGCGCCCGAGAACAUGCCCCACCGCCCACCAGCCUUCCUGCAGGUGUGUGACUGGCUGUAUCCUCUGAUGUCCACGGACUCCCCGGUGCUGCUGUGCAACACUGGCGUCUUCAUGUUCCCCGACAUGAUGGCCCCGAUCCCCGGCUCCUACGUGGGGGUGGUGCUGUCCUCCGAACUGCCCCAGACCGAGCGCGAGCUCUUCCGUGACCUCCUCUCGCACAUGACCGACCUCCGCGUGCAGGUGAGCGACCUCCCCACGACCCCUGCUGGUGGAGUGACCCCUCCUCUUCCCCGUCCUCCUCCUCCUUCUCCUCAGCCCAGAGGUCAGGGGUCGUCGCUCACGGCAACCAGUGGCUCGGCCCAAGCCCCUCCCCUCCCACCCAAACAGCCUCUAGGAGCAGAGGCGGACCCCAUCAACCUGGGCCAGAAGGUGCCCCUGCAGGACCCUGAAGACUCAGAGGCGCCCUCCGAUGGCCAAGACCCCACACUGCCGGACUGGAGCGAGAAGGUGGCCCACGGCAUUCUCACAGGUGCGUCAUGGCUGAGUUGGGGCCUCGUGAAGGGGGCUGAGUACACAGGCAAGGCCAUCAAUAAGGGAGCGGUCAAGCUGCGAGAGCACAUCACCCCCGACGAGAAGCCAACCCACGUCAACCCCAACGUCACCAAGAGCCUGCAGGUCGCCAAGCAGGCCACAGGGGGCGCUGUCAAAGUCAGCCAGUUCCUAGUGGACGGUGUGUGCACGGUCGCGGGGGCGGUGGGAAGAGAGCUGGCCCCCCAUGUGAAGAAGCACGGCACCAAGCUGAUCCCGGAGUCCCUGAAGAAGGACAAGGACGGCCGCUCCAACCUGGACGGGGCCAUGGUGGUGGCAGCCAGUGGAGUACAAGGUUUUGCGACAGUGUGGACAGGCUUGGAGGUGGCAGCCAAAGACAUUGCUAAAAAUGUGGCGGAAGAAACGGUUUCCACUGUCAAACACAAGUACGGUCCAGAGGCAGGGGUGGCCACCGAUCACGCCGUCAACUCUGCCAUCAACGUUGGGGUGACUGCCUUCAACAUUGAUAACCUGGGCAUCAAGGCCAUGGUGAAGAAGACAGGCAAGCAGACAGCUGUAGCCAUCUUGGAAGACUACAAGAUCCAGGAUGCACCCGGCACAAAAACGCCCACUAACGGCAAGAAACCCAGCCCCAAAAAGAGCCCAAAGAAAUCAUGAAGAAUAUCCAUCUUAUCUUUAUGCCUAUUCCUAUCGUUAUUACUGUGCUAUUAUACUCCAUAGAGCCUUAAAACACGUUUUACUUGUACAAAUAUAUAUUUAUAAUAGAUAUAUAAUAUAUUAUAUCACUAUAUUAUAACUAUUAUUAAUUAGAAGAUGCUUUAUUUCAAUUUUAUGAAGAUGGAUAUUAUAUUAACAGGAAAAGGAUGUAUUUAUAUAUUGCUGCAUUUUCUACUGACCUGCGACUCUAUAGUUUGCUGAUAUCCUGUUUUUAGAAUGUAGACCACAGCAGUUGUGAUGUGGCAUCCUGGUGCACUUUAGCCCUUGUUCUGAUGAAAGAGGAAAUGGAGGAUUGUUGAUGUUGUUGGGUUUUUUCCCUUUCUUUUUCAUUGUAUUUUUUUAUGCAUUAAGUGAGGUGAAGGACAAAGUAAUGUUUUUUUUUUUAAAGCAAUGUUGUGAAGCUACUUGUUGGAAACGUUUAGGACCACUGACAGCCAAUUGACAGAGGUUUUGUGUCUGUGUUUGUGUGUUAGCUAUCUGGCAAGGACGGACCCUGACUAUUAUCCUUUAGCCUUAACACAUUUUCAGGUUUAAUGGACUGACCUUGUUACAACCACUAACACCUCAUUCCAAUUACAUGCUGUCUACAAUCUGCUAUACAAAGGCAAAGUGCAGUAACUACAUAUUUUUUUCAAAAUUGAGUUUUGACUGAAAAUAGUCUUCAUUACACCUUUCACCUUAUGGUCUAAAUGUGUCCCAUUUUAGAGAUGUUGCUAUAUCAAAUGUGCAGUAACUACUAUAUCCAACCCAAUGCCAAGGCUUGUAAGGCAUUUUUCUCAGUUUCAAUGUUGGCCUAGUUACUGCACUUUGCCUUUGUAGGGCAUUAAUGUGUGCUUUUUAACCACACUGAUGCAAAUAUACAUGUUCAGUUAAGCUGCCUAGUGACGAAAAAAAUAAAAAUCUUAUAGUUGGACCAUUUUAAGACAUUUCUACCAUUUCUAACCUGUGAAGCUGGGAUUUUCAAUUUGCAAAUAUGCAAUUGACUUGAUGCUGUACCGUCGUCCCAUUUCAGAGAUAUUUAAUGAUGUGUAUUCUAACAGUUAUACCUGAAGUGCAGUAUUGUGUCGAGCCCAUGUGAUGUGAUGUGAUGUGAUGGUCAUCCAGAAAUGUUGCUGAGCGGAACUGAACUAUUUUUCAGGUUGACACUAAAAUAAAUCUGUGUUUGAAGGUAGAA